AUGAAGUAUACCUGUACUGCCGGUACUCUGCUGGGCCUCCUCAUGGCCACCCCGUCCUUUGCGAAGAACAUGAUGACUUACCACGACAUGGACAAGUUCGUCCCUGCAUGUCCGGUUGCCACGAUAUGGGCAACACAUGCAGUGUGCAUGUUGACAUGCGAGAACAUGAUGGUCCCAACGAUGGGAAUGUGCAUCAAUAAUUGCACAUCUGUCAAUAUCGAUUGCAUGGCCCAGAAAGGCAAGGAUAUGACCGAGUUGGACAAGGUCUGCAUGAAGGAUUUCAACAGCUGCAUGGACAUGUGUUAA